AUGGCAGAACAGACAGCUGUAUUGCUUAAGACAAAUCUCUUCCCUCUAUUCGGCGCCCCAGACCACAUCAUCUCAGACCAUGGACAACAGUUCAUAUCCAAGUCCUGGUCUGCAUUUGUUAACAGCCUCGGUGCAAGACACUCACCUAGCACAGCUUACCACCCACAGACUGACAGGCAGACCGAAUGGUUAAACCAGGUCAUGGAACAGUACCUUCGAAUGUACUGCAACUAUGAGCAGAAUGAUUGGGCCAAUUUAAUUCACAUGGCGGCAUUUGUGUAUAACAACACUGUGCACACCAGUAUUGGCAUAUCCCCAUUCUUUGCUUGCUAUGGCUGGAAUCCCAAGUCGCACCCAGAGAUACCUGGAAAACUUGGGGUAAACAAUCCAAAGCUUGCUGAAUACUUUGUGGACAAUACUGAUUGCACCAAGUACCUUCAAGAACAAAUCAGACAUGCACAAAGUCGAGUGGUCGACCAAUACAACUGCAAGCGAAAGGACAUUGAGUACAAGGUGGGUGACUUAGUAUAUACAGCUCAUGCGUAA